AAUCAUAUUUCAUUUAACAAAAAGUUGUUGGCUAAACGCAACACUCGCGUUUGGGACUAGCCAAAGAGUUUUGCAGAAAACUUUAUUUUUAAGUGAUAGUUCCGUGUUUGAGAUCCUUGAAAACGAAAAGAAGACACAUAAUAUAUUUAAGACACCACCAGACACAGAGGAGAUGUCCCUGUCGAGCCGUGAGUGGGAGGAUCUAAAGUCUUUACUGGACAAAACUGUGCACAAGUUCCUGGGCUUCACUGAACCCUCACUGGUCACUGCUGCUCUUAACUGUAUAGACAAAGGAUAUGACAAGAAGAAGACCAUCAGUAAGCUAGGUGUUAUUUUAGAUGACAGACAGGCAGAAAAAUUUUCAGAAAAAUUAUUUGAUGUCUGGGAUGAUUACAAAACAAAGAGUCAACGAAAAAAGAGAAAGGAGGGUGACAGAGAGAAGGAUGAAGCAACCGAGAGGAAGAAGCGGAGAUUUGUAGACGAUGGCCCAGUAGAGAUACCGGUGGCAGCCAUUCCUGGCCCCGGAAAUCCCAGCCCAGGACAACUGACUGGAGACAAAAUAAAAGAAAUGAUGGCUAAUGCUAAGAACUUGAUUAAUGAGAGAAAAACUCAGUUGUCGGCCAUGAUGCCUCCGCCUCCAAAGUCUCAGCAGGGAGGAUUGUCCCACAAUGAAAUUCUUAUGAAUGAAGCUUUAGAGAAGGUGAGACGAGCCCAGGAGUUACAGGCCAAAAUACAGAACCAGAUGUCUGGGCUCAUGCAAGGGAAGGGAGGUCAGGGUGCAGUCAUCCCAACAAAACCCACCCCGCUGAUCCUGGAUGCCGAGGGUCGGACGAUUGAUGCUAACACUGGACAGGCGAUUCAACUGACCCACCACACGCCUACACUAAAGGCCAACAUCAGAGCCAAAAGAAGAGAACAGUUUAAAGGUCUGAUAGAAAAACCUCCAGAAGAGAUCAGCGAGGGAAAAUACUUUGAUCCCAGAGUAGGUGCAAGGCAGGCACAAAGACCAAAAAGGGGAUUCAAGUUCCAUGAACAUGGGAAAUUUGAAGCUAUUGCUUCUAGACUUCGUGCUAAGGCCCAGCUGGACAUUUUACAAAGUGAGAUAGCACAAGCUGCUAAGAAGACCGGUAUUGCCUCUGCUGCUAAACUAGCUACCAUUGCACCAAAGAAAGAACUGAGAGAGGGUGAGAUUCCCGCUGUGGAAUGGUGGGAUAGCUUUCUCCUCCCUAAUGACAGUUAUGAUGGCAUUGAUGACAGACUGAGAGACGGAAACUUUGAAGGCAUCACACAUUUGGUGGAACAUCCUAUACAGCUCAAACCCCCAAAUGAACCUGAAAAAGGACCCCAGAUACCUGUAUAUCUCACCAAGAAGGAGAGGAAAAAAUUACGUCGACAAAAUCGUCAGGAGAAUCAGAAGGAAGUGACGGAGAAGAUACGACUGGGACUGAUGCCCCCACCAGAACCUAAAGUUCGGAUGGCUAAUUUAAUGCGAGUGUUGGGAACAGAGGCUGUACAGGACCCUACAAAAGUAGAGGCCCAUGUCAGAGCACAAAUGGCCAAAAGACAAAAAGCUCAUGAAGAGGCUAAUGCAGCAAGAAAACUGACAGCAGAACAGAGAAGCUUGAAGAAAGAGAAGAAACUGAAGGAGGACACAUCAUUAGGGGUCCAUGUAUCUGUGUACAGAUUAAGAGAUUUGACAAAUCCAGCCAAGAAGUUUAAGAUAGAAGCUAAUGCCAAGCAGCUGUACAUGACGGGGAUAGUCAUCAUGCAUAAGGAGUGUAAUGUAGUGGCAGUGGAGGGCGGGCCAAAACAACAGAGGAAAUUCAGGCGACUCAUGCUCAGCAGAAUCAAAUGGAACGAGGAUAAACAUAAAAAAUCAGCAAAAGAUGAUGAUGACAGUGAUUCAGAGGAAGAGCAGGAUAAAUCUAACAAAUGUGUUCUAGUGUGGGAGGGAACCACCAAACAGAGAGCUUUUACAGACUUUAAGUUUAAAGUGUGUCCAACAGAGGCAUUCGCCCGUGAACAGUUUAAAAAGUGUGGUGUGGAGCAAUACUGGGACUUAGCCUUCAGUGGAGCUGUGUUAGAGUCGACACAAGACGAGGACUUCUUAUAGCAUCAAUGUCUACACUGAUCUGAUGUCAGAUGAAGGAAAAAAUUAUUUGUCUAAUAAAAACUAAUUUUAUUCAAAUUGAUCACUGUCAGUGUCCUAUUGUGAUUAAACUAAUUUCAUGACAUCAUCAUUAGUUAAAGAAUACAUGGAUGUUAUACAAAUUGUGAAAAAAGUGCAAAAAAGAAAUUAAAAACGAGAAAAGAAAAGCAAAGAAAAUAGGAUUGAAUCUUGA